AUGGAAGAACUCAAUUCUUUACCAGCGGUUGAUACGAUUCGUAUAUUGAUCACGACAGACAACCAUGUUGGAUAUAACGAAAAUGACACUAUUACAGGUGAUGAUUCUUGGCAAACAUUCCAUGAGAUAAUGUCAAUGGCCAAGGAUUAUAAUGUUGAUAUGGUAAUACAAGGCGGGGACUUGUUUCAUGUUAAUAAACCCUCUAAGAAAUCGAUGUAUCAAGUUAUUAAAUCGUUAAGGACCUACUGUAUGGGGGAUAAGCCAUGCGAGCUAGAGCUACUCAGCGACCCAGCAGAAUGCUUCAGAUUUAGUGAUUUCCCGAACGUGAACUAUGAGGAUCCAAACUUGAAUAUAUCGAUCCCAAUGUUUAGCAUUUCUGGAAAUCAUGAUGAUGCAUCAGGAGAUGGUUUGUUAAGUCCAAUGGACAUUCUACAGGUCAGUGGCCUCGUAAAUCACUUCGGUAAAGUGCCGGAAACAGACAAUAUUGAAAUAACUCCGUUAUUACUUAAGAAGGGAAAUACCCGAUUGGCGUUGUAUGGUCUCGCUAGUGUUAGGGAUGAAAGACUAUUUAGGACUUUUAAAGAGGGUAAAGUAAGAUUCAACGUACCAGAGUCACAGGACGAUGAUUGGUUCAAUUUAAUGUGCGUUCAUCAGAAUCAUACUGGUCAUACAAACACUGCAUUUUUACCAGAGACAUUUCUUCCUGACUUCCUCAAUCUUGUAAUCUGGGGUCAUGAGCAUGAAUGUAUACCACAUCUUGUUCACAAUCCAAUCAAGGGGUUCGACAUAUUACAAGCUGGCUCGAGUGUAGCUACAUCCUUGUGUGAUGCUGAAACUAAACCCAAACAUGUUUUUUUGUUAGAAAUAUCGAAAGGCUCGAAACCCUCACUAGUACCAAUUCCGUUGAAGACAGUUCGGCCAUUCAUUAUGAAAGAUAUAUCUUUGAGAGAUUUCCCCCAGUUAAAACCUCUUGAUAAAGAUUCAAUCAAUGAGUUUCUUUAUAGUAAGAUCGAGGAAAUGAUUAAAGAGGCAUUAGAAAAAGAUACAAAUAUAACUGCGUCUGAAGUGGACACGGAAGGUGUUUUACCUCUAGUGAGGCUUAGAGUUAAUUAUAGUGGUGACAUUGGCUCACAAGUCGAUUACCAGGUUGAAAAUCCCAGAAGAUUCAGCAACAGAUUUGUGGGAAGGGUCGCAAAUGCUAAUAAUGUCGUUCAAUUCUACAAAAAGAAAACCCCUUCGGCUUCCACCAGAAAGAAAAUAAAAUUCGACCCAUCUGACACAGCUCUGUUAAGCGAACAAGAAGAUGGUGAUCUACAGGUGCAAACAUUAGUUAAUGACUUUUUGAACAAGAUGAAACUCUCUCUUUUACCUGAACUUGGUUUGAAUGAAGCUAUCCGUCAAUUUGUCGAUAAGGAUGACAAAAACGCAUUGAAACUGUUCAUUGACACUGAGAUUUCUCACGAAGUGGAUAUCUUAGCACAAAACAAGGAUGUGGUGAACACAGAAGAUGUAACUAAUUUGAAACGACUCUUAAAGGAAGUAAAGAGCACAAAUAAUACAACUACCACAAAUUCGUAUACCUCCAGCAGAUCCAAAACAUCAAAAAUAUUGCCUUCACUAAGUAUAGUACAUUCCGAAGAUGACGAAAACUACAGCCACUCUGAUGACUCAAUGGCAACCAAUGAGACCAGAAAGAAAAAUAUGCGUUCCAGAAAAACUGCAGAUACAGCAAGCAAUAAUGGAUUGCCGGCACCCAGAAGAACAAGAAGUGUCAGAAAGCGAACUCAUGUAGAUUCGGAUAAUGAAAUUGAUUCCUCUCAGAGUGAAGUAGAUGAAGACAAAAGUGCUAAAAAUGUGGAAAGUAAUGGCAGUGAUGAUGUUGAAUUCCUAGAUGAACCUACUUCGCCAACAAUCCGGAAGAUAGCAAGUGACGAAAACGAGGAACUAGCAAAGAGUGCUACAAGAAAUAAAUCCACAACCAAAUCGAGGCAACAAGCUAAGGCAAAAAGUAACCAGAGGUCAAAAAGCACACGCACCCCUAAAACUGAUGCCCUUAGCGAAUUGUUGGCAAGAAGGUCCAAAUGA